CUUCCGUAAAGCAAACUCAUAGGGCGCCGCCAUUUUGGUUUACGAACCAGCCUGCGACCCGCAGGGGUCCUCACCCCCUCCCUUCCUCCUCUUAGGUGUCUUCAUAAAAUGCCUGUGGAGAACCCCCUCUUUUUUCGCUCCGCUCCCAAGAUGGCGUCGAUGCGGGAGAGCGACACCGGCCUGUGGCUGCACAACAAACUAGGCUCUACGGACGAACUGUGGGCGCCGCCGAGCAUCGCCUCGUUGCUCACGGCGUCGGUGAUCGACAACAUCCGCCUCUGUUUUCACGGCCUCUCCUCGGCCGUCAAGCUGAAGUUGCUGCUAGGGAUGCUGCACCUGCCCCGCCGGGCGGUGGAUGAGAUGAAGGGGGCACUGACUGAAAUUGUCCAGCUCGCUACCUUGGAUUCAGACCCCUGGGUCUUAAUGGUAGCUGAUAUUUUAAAAUCCUUUCCAGAUACUGGCUCCCUUAACCUUGAUCUUGAAGAGCAGAAUCCCAAUGUUCAAGAUAUUUUAGGAGAACUUAGAGAAAAAGUAAGUGAAGGUGAAACAUCAGCUAUGUUGCCGUUGGAAUGCCAGUACUUAAACAAAAAUGCCUUGACAACACUAGCGGGGCCACUUACCCCCCCAGUCAAACACUUCCAGCUGAAAAGGAAACCUAAAAGUGCCACUCUCCGAGCUGAACUCUUGCAGAAGUCAACAGAAACUGCUCAACAGCUCAAGAAGACUGCAGGAGUGCCUUUUCAUGCCAAGGGCAGGGGACUGGUCAAAAAGAUUGAUACAACAACACCACUCAAAGGAAUACCAAAACAAGCUCCAUUCAGGAGUACUUCAGCACCUAGUGUAUUUAACCCUUCUGGAAACAGAAAUCCUAUUCCUCCUUCAAGAACGCCUUUGCGUAAAGAAAGAGGAGUAAAGCUUUUAGAAUUCUCUGAGCUGGAUAUGGUAGGUGCUGGCCGUGAAGCAAAGAGAAGAAGAAAGACAUUAGAUACAGAAGUGGUGGAAAAGCAAGCCAAAGAAGAAACGGUAGUAGAAAAUGCUACUCCAGAUUAUGCUGCUGGCCUUGUGUCUACACAGAAACUUGGCUCACUGAACAAUGAGCCAGCGCUACCUUCUACAAGUUAUUUACCUGCUACUCCCAGUGUGGUGCCAUCUUCCUCAUAUAUCCCGAGUUCUGAAUCACAGCCAGCUGGCUCUGCACGAGAGGCCUUGCAGACUAACAGGCAGACUGAAGAGCCUGCAGCUCCAAAUGCUACCACAACUCUUCCUGCGCAAUUCAAGCAAAGAACUCCCAUGUACAACAGUAACUCGAAUCCACCUGCAACUACACCUACCUCACCCCUCACACCUACCACACCUCCUGCCAUCUCCCCUGCAGCACAGGCACCACAAGUGGCCCCUCAAACUCAACAACAGCCACCACCGAAAAAAAGCCUCUCUCUUACAAGGGAGCAAAUGUAUGCUGCACAGGAAAUGUUCAAGACUGCAAACAAAGUUACAAGGCCAGAAAAGGCUCUUAUACUUGGAUUCAUGGCAGGAUCCAGAGAGAAUCCUUGCCAAGAGCAAGGUGACAUCAUUCAGAUUAAGCUUAGUGAGCAUACAGAAGAUUUACCAAAGGCAGAUGGCACUGGCAGCACCACUAUGUUGGUUGAUACAGUCUUUGAAAUGAACUAUGCUACUGGUGAAUGGACCAGAUUCAAGAAGUACAAACCUAUUACUAAUGUUUCUUAAGAGUUGCAGCGACAGCAGACUGGACCAAAUCAAGCUUAGAGUCAACCAGCUCAUAGAGUAUGUCAACUGUACAAAAUGGCAUUUGUGUACAUUUAUUACCCUCCAGCAUAGAAGCUGUGGCUCUUCAACCUAACUGGGCUCAGUGAAUGCAGAAGAAGAUGGUGUUGAAUUUACUUUUUUCCUUUUUUUAUUAUCUGGAAAAGGUGAUUUGAGGGAGGAAAUGGUUGGUGGCUUUUUAUUCUUUUUUUUUUUUUUUUUUAAUGCAAUUUAAGAUGCUGGAAGAGGAGAGGAGAUCACAAUGGAAAGAUUAAAGAUGGGAGCAGUUUACUUCUGAGUACCUGAAGAGAAGACUACUGCACAGUCAUUCACAGUUUACCAUUUAAACAAGGGCACAGAUCUUUAUUUUUUAAAGAAACUAUUUUCUUUGACUACAUGGGUUCCAUGAGCACAUGGAAGCACACAUGGCCGCUUUAUUUUGUAAUUCAGGUGCAGUACACCUAAAUACUGCAGGUGAUAGAUACCUAGUGUCUAAUGGUACCCACUGUAUGUCCAGCUCAUUUAUUCUUGAGGCAUAGGAUGGGAUUGAGUAUCUUUCAUUUGCUAUAUUGUCUAUGUCCAUACACAGCAUGAGUUAACCUAUGUUUGGCAUUACUUGAGAUCAAGAAAAACUGAAUAUCAUAGUUUUCUGAUGGGGAAAAAAUAGCAUAACCAGGGAAAAAUUGAAAGGAAGCAGUGGGCUGCUGCUGUGUGGAAAUCAUUGCCAUGUCAUUUUUAGGGUAAAAGCUUAUCAAUGGCUAUUGCAUGCCAAGUCCUUCAAACAGCCUGGGAGGAAACAAGGCUAGAACAUAUCAAUACUGAUUGCAGCAUUUUUGUUUUUUGAAUGGCCCUGGAGAUGGUUGCAUCAACCAAUCUCUGAAUAAGAUGAUUAGGAGGUGGUGGUAAAGUAUGGUUGGUUGGGCAGUCAUAAGGUGCUUGAUCACCUUAUCCAAAAAGUUCAGAAUGAGUAUAGCUGUGGUUCCUACCUGUGUAGUUAUCAGUAUAAUCAUUAAUGUGGCUGCAGUUAUUCUGGCAUAUAAAUGUGCCUUAGAUGUAUCCCCUUCUAGUAGAAGCACAUUUUGAUCUUUGUAACACCAUUAGUUUCAGCUGUCCUUAAUUGUUCAAGUAUAGCUUGCAUUUAUUGCAAGGGAUUGUGUACAUAGUUCAGGAUUCAUUGUUUGGAGCCUUGUUUGCAUUCUUUGAGGGAGACUUGGUUUAAAUGUCUGGUUUCUGCCAGUGCUUGUGUGUAGAGCUGUGCUUAGUUGGGAAUGGUGCUUGGAAGGAAGAAGUACAACACAGUGCAGUGGGUUUUCUGCUGCUGAGAGGGUACCUCAGGCUGACUGGCGGUUCAUGUUAAAGUGGAACUCGUAGGACAAAAUGAGGCUUUUCUCUCUCUCUUUUUUUUUUUUUUUUUUUU